UCAGUUCGCCCUUCUUUCAAAGCAUAUUCCUGCGCCCAUUUCUAGAGCCAUGGCAGCCAUGAGGUGGACUUCUCUGGUGUUUUUGCCUGUAUCCUGGGCUUGCAGCUAUGUGGAGCUUCCCUGGCAAGCCAACAGCACUGUUCGGCCUUCAUACCUCAUCGCUCGAACCAUGGAGCUGUCCAAUCUGUAUGGUACGACCGAGUACAGCAUCGAAGCGGUGCCAAGAGGAUCUAAGCAUGGGAAGUUUGGCUACGUGGCCCCUAUGAACCACUUCCAUUUCGACGGCUUGCCCAUCCAAGUUCCCUUCGAAGGGAUGAACGAGCAGGGUUUAACUGUCUCGGCCCACUACCUGGCACAGGCCGUCUAUGAAGCACCCACGGAUCAGGAUGAACCGUUGAGCGCCUUAGAGGUCGUACCAAGGCUGCUGGCCAACUGUUCCUGUGUGGAAGAUGUCAUUAAACUGCUGGAAAGUGUGAAGGUGGUGGCUCCAAAGCAUGGAAAGCAGAGCCUUGGUGGCCUCCAUUGGGCCAUAGCGGACACCUCGGGGCGGUCUAUCAUAGUGGAAUACUUGGAGGGCCAGCGAAUGGUCCAUGAGAAUCAUCCAAGGGUCAUGACCAACGACCCUGAUAUCAGAUGGCAUUGGAGAAAUUUGAACACCUACGUGAACCUGAACCCCCAUUACCCUUGGCAAAACGAUAUACUGCAAGUCAAGACGGAUGCUGACAUUGGAGCUGUGCCAAGACCCAUUGGUCAUGGCUGGAACCUUUUCGGCCUUCCAGGAGAUUCCUCCCCUCCCAGUCGUUUCGUGCGUUUGUUCUACCUCCGUGGCUAUGCCCUGCAGUCUCGUGCCAUGACGAGUUUCCAGGAGGCCGUGGUGCUGGGCACCGGUCUCUUGAACAACGUCUUCCUCCCUGUGGGCCCCGUGGCCGGCAACCCCCGGGAGCCCGGGGAUGGGCCGGAGCUCACAGACUAUGGGGUCUUGAAGAGCUGUCAGGAGAAGGUGAUGCUGAUCCGGGGCUAUGUGAAUUCACAGUGGCGGAAGAUCGAUCUGAAACGUUUGGAUUUCUCGAAAGCUCACACUUGGCCGCUGGAAGACGGAUCUUUAGGACUUCAGGACAUCACCGAUGGCGCCAAGGGUGAUGCCCCCAAGGACCAGUUGUAUCUGUGAGGCUUUGGCGCAACUUUGGUUGUAACAUGAUUCACUACAUGACUUAAACAUACUUAAACCAUCCAUUCUUUUGGGCGGCCAAUGAUUUUGAGCCAUUCCUGGAAUCUAUAAUCUUUUGUUGGGCUUACCAGUGAGGGCACAAGGCCUGCUGCAAGCCCUUUUAAAGAAACCUUUCGACAUCGCCUGUGCAAAGAUGCAGGAAUGUUAAGAGCUGGGCAGGUGGAUUUGAAAACAAGACUGGGUCAACCGGAGCCCUGGGCGGGUCACCCAGUCUUCGAAGCGAUGUUGGAUGGUUUUUG